CCGCCCCCUUCGAUCCAACACCCACACCCGCUGCGCGCCGCCCUACACCACCAACCCCCAGCCCAUAGCGCAAAACACCCACCGCAACCAUGGCUCCUCGCAAGAAGAACGAGGAAGAGAUCGAGCUCAACAUCUCGAAGGAGCAGUUCAGGGGCACCCGCGACUCGGUCCUCAUGGCCCUCGCGAGCGUCCAGAAGGGACUGCACAAUGUCUCCAACAACCUCAAUGAGCUGAUGCAUGCCUACAUCAAGCACACCGCCUCGGUCCUCUCCGGCGAGGACGGCGCCCUCGAGGGUCUGCAGCUCUCCGAGAGCGCGCAGCACAUGAUCGAUGAGGCCGACCUUGCCACCAAGAGCGUCGCGAACCUGACCAAGUCGCUCGGCAGUGCGCCCGCUGGCAAUGCCGCCGAUGCUGAGGCCGGCAAGUCGAAGAAGCGCAAGCGCGAGAAGAAGAUCAAGGACCCCAACGCACCCAAGCGGCCCCUUACGGCUGCCUUCUUGUUUGCGCAGAGCGCCCGGCCCAUCAUCAGGAAGGACCUGGAGAACGAGCUACCGCCAGGCGCAAAGCUUGAACCUAAUGCUAUCAACCUUGAGGUCAACAAGCGCUGGAACGAGAUGGCAGACGAAGACAAGGAGACAUGGAAAGCCUCCUACCGCGAUUCAUUGGAAACCUACAACAAGGAAGUAGCCGCCUACAAAGCCUCCCUCGGCGCCGCCGCUCUCGCAGAAGAGCCCGCCGCCGAGGAUGACGCAUCCGAGAACGACGCCGACCCCGCCGCCCUUGACUCCGACGUCGACUCGGACGACGACGAAGUCUCGGACGACGAGCUCUCGCCCACUAAAGCGCCCACCCCACCCCCAACCCUCCCAGCAAACGGCAAGACCCCCCGCCCCAACAAGCGCCAGAAGACUGCCGCCGCGCCCGCUGUCAACGGCACCCACGUCCCUAUUGCGCCUGCCGCCGGCCAGACCCCUGUCCCUCUGCCUGCCACCCGUGUUCAGAGUGCCAUCCCGCCGCCCAACCUCGCUGAAGCUACCCCCGCGAAGAAGGACAAGAAGAAGGAGAAGAAAGCUGCUGCUGUGGCACCAGUUGCGAAGGAACCCUCGCCCGAGGAGAACAAGAAGGAGAAGAAGAAGCGGGCGACGCGCGGCGCGGCGGAGGCCGAGAGCGAGGACAAGGAGAAAGAAAAGGAGAAGCCGACGCGCAAGCGUGACAGGAGUAAGCGCAAGAGCGAGGGAGCAGCGGCUUAGAUCGCGGCGCCCCUUCUGCAGUCGGUCUCUGAGGAGGAGGAGCCGGUGUGGGCGUGGUUGAGGAGGGUUGAGGAACCGUAGCGUGGCGUAGCUUUGCUAAGCUUUGUGUGUAGGGCUUCUGUCGGCGACGGCGGCGCAGAGAGGCUGGCGGGUUCCGCUUGCGUUGAGGGAUGCGAAUCAGAGGGCGUUUGAGGUGUGGAGAGACUAGCUGAUGCUGUGUCUUGCUUUGCUCUGCACUGCACUGCAAUGGCGUACUACUGGACUGGCUGACCCUCAGGAUGGGUUGAACAAUUUGUGCGUUUUCGUACCAGUAUCACAGUUGUGCUACUUCACGGCCGCCAUUCGUCUGUAUCUGUAGAUCUUAGUCUUGUAUCGUGUGCGUGCGGUGUGACAUCGACAUCGAUAUUACUUCGGUAUAUGGUAUGGGUAUGCGCACUCUCAUUAGGGGAGACAAGCAAAAAGUCCAAUUGGAUCAUGG